AUGAGCAAGCCACAAAUGGGUCUUUGAUUGAACUAGCUACAAAUGAAAUGAACAGGAUGUUCUCUGGGUUGAACUUUUCUGUUUCCUGGGUUUUUGUCGCCACUUGGGAGAAGAUGGAAUUUGAACCUGAUACAGGGGAGGUGACUUUCCAAGUCGUCGUAAUCUCUGAUAGCAACAACCGCUCUUAUGUCCUGAUGAACUAUGGAUCCAUCCCUCCUGAUCCACUAUCAUGGAUGGCUGGAUAUAAGACUGUGGGCAACACAUAUUCUUUCAGCAUUCAGGCACCCAGUACCUCUAGUCUGUCUUCUACUACUAAUGUUGGAAUACCUGGUCGCUGGGCUUUCCGUGUUGACAGUGCAGUUUCAGUGUCACCACCACCAGCACUGUUCUAUCCAUUUGGCUCAGGAGUCGGAGAUACUUUUAAUACCCUUAGUGAUGAUGGAAGCUCACCUGCUAUAAACUUACAGAGUCCAUUCUCUUUCUUCACAUGCACAUACACUAAGCUAUAUGUCAACAACAAUGGACACUUGACGUUUGAUCAGCCGUGGGACAGCUAUACACCCACUCAGUUCAAUGCUUAUAGUGGAAGAGAUAUCAUCGCUCCAUUCUGGACUGAUAUUGAUCAUCGUGGAGCUGGCACUAUCUCAUAUAAUCAGUACACUAGUGGCAGUGUCCUUUCACAGGCCACACGGGACAUAAACCAGUACUUUCCACAGUUUAUCUUCACCGCCUCUUGGGUCUUUGUUGCAACAUGGGAUAAAGUGGCGUACUACAGCUACUCAGGCACAGAAACAUCAUUUCAGGUGGUUCUGAUUACUGGUGACGGUUUUUCUUUCAUGCUGAUAAAUUAUGGUGACAUUGCACCAACAAACUACAGGGUGGAGGCUGGAUAUGACACAAACUUCACAGACUACUUUGUAAUUCUCUGGUCAAACGACAAAUCCACCAUUCCGAACCUCAAGUAUUUGAGUAAUGUGAAUGUCCCAGGACGCUGGGCCUUCGUGCUAAACCAACCCAGUAACAUAAAUGAUGGCGUUCUUGCAGCUCGACUGAAAGUCCUGACAGGCUCUAAUCUAACAGACACCAAUAACCAGAAGAUCUUUGUACAGCACCUUCAGGAUGAACUGAGGAGGAGAGGCGUUACAUCCACUAUAAAAGUGAAACGUGCUCAAAAGAAAAGUCCAUGAUUAGAAGAUCCAGAAGAAUCUCUGUUUCACUGUGGGAUAUAUUAUCAAAUUACAUUUAGCUGAUUAAUGAUAUGGUGGUGGUGUUUUGGUAUGUAACACCUGUAACCUUUAAUAGUAAUGAAUUUGCUGAAGAUUGCCAAACUUAAAUUCAUUAAAUAUAAACCGUGGUUUUGUCUAGGCAGAAAUGGUGCAGGGUUAUAGAAUUUUAGCCUGGGGGUUGUGAUCCUUUUAGUCAUUUUCAACAAAGUGUUUUUUUUUCAGUCUUUAGAAACUUAUUGGCUUCUGUGGUUGCUAAACAAAACUGCUCACCAAAAACAUUAUAUACAAUAACUUCUCCACUUGUGGUAAUGGUAGUGUAUCAUGAACAACAUUGUUGCUGCGUUCACAUGUUGGCUCUAAAAAAAACGUCGCUCUGUGGUUUAUAGCACUGUGGUUAUUGUACACAACUGGUUACUCCUACAACAACCUACAACAUUACCCUGGUACAACACUGUUGCUGUGUUCACAUGUUGGCUCGGAAAAUAGAGUCGUUUCCAUUUCUAUGUGACCGAUAGCAGAAACAUUGCCAUUGUGACAGUAUUAUGGCCAAGGUGUGAAAUACAGGGGGCACUGGAGGGGGGGGUCUGCUAUCCCAUAAUUAGCCCUUUGGAUGCCCUGAAAGCCACAAAAUCAAAUUUUUUGAAGGGUCCCUAAAACACUUAAGCAACACAUUAUAGUGUUAUGGUAUCCAUCAACCCUGCUAAGUUUGCGAGAAAAUGAACACCUUCAUAAGAAUUCAGAAAAAAGGUGUUUUAUUUUAGUCUGCUUUACCUUCCACCAAAAUGGCAAGGUUCUGCUCUUAUUGUUCUUAACCUACCAGCGCAGCAGCAAAAAUCAAGAGAACAUUCUGUGCUCGUUUACUUUUUUUUGUUGCAUAGUACUAGGUGAUUCCGGACUUCAGCAGUGAGUGCAAUUACAUGAGCUUAAUAACCUGAUAACUGCUGAAAAUCAGAUGUUGUUAGUACGCCAUUCAUUGUGUUUACACGUUUCCCAUUGCAGAUAUUGGGAAAACUCUGGGUCUACAUGAGUCAGUUAAUAAUCGGAUUUCUGCUUUGCAACCAGCCAACAGAAGACAUAAUGUAAAUGUAACAAAAAUCUGAAU